CUCUAAGAAAAAACAAAAGAAAAAGAAAGCGGGGAUCACAGUCAUGACGGUAUCUCUUCUCAAACACCAACAUUUAAAAAAAAAAAGAAAAUCAAAAGUGUAAUCCCUACGGUUUAGAUUCUCUCCUAUAAAUUACCUUUGUUUUCCCUUCUUUUCCCCCCACCGUUCCAUUAUUCCCAUUGAAAUCUUUCCUCUCUUCAUCUACAACUCACAAGCUAAGCUAAGCUUAAUAGAUUGAUCUGAUCUUCCCCUUUGUCAUGGCUGAAGAAGAAUUCCAAGAGUCCGAGGUUAUGUUUUCUGACCACAGCAGCAACCGUUGCGGCACACAUGACGAGGAUGCUGCUGUUCAUGAUGAUGGGUACUUCAAGAACGGCCGUGUUUCACGUGACCACAACAAGUCGAGGAAAAAUAGUGGCAAGAAGAAGAGGAUAGUCGCCAGUUCGCUUCCUGUUAGCAUCCCACGUCAUCAGGGUAGUCCUGUUCAUUGCGGCAGCGAAGCUGAUGAUUUUGAGGAAGAGGAAGAUGAGCAAGGUGAAGUCGUGCCGCCCCAUGUGAUCUUAGGAAGAAGAAUCGCCGGGAAAAUGGCGUAUUCGGUUUGUACUGGCAAUGGUAGGACGCUUAAAGGAAGGGAUUUGAGUCAAGUUCGGAAUUCAAUUCUUAGAAUGACUGGAUUUUUGGAAGCAUAAACGAUGGUCAAAUCUUUUCCUUUUUUCUUUUAUUUUCCUUUGUUACUUUGGUAUUCAUUUCAGAGUUCAGAAAUGAAAUGGGAAAAAAAUUGUUUCCUUUGUACCAUCGGCCUCUUUUUUUAUUCUUAAUCAUUCAUUGUGACAGAAAAAGAAAAAAAAUGGAAUUAAUUACAGUAACACAUAAUUAUUGAUGAGUUUCACCAAUUAAUCUAUCUCUCUUGCUUAAAUUUUUGGUUAAUUUCUAGUAAGUAAUAUAGUAGUCUUCGUGUAAUAAUAAAAUUUCUGAGCUUGGAGGUUUUGUUUCAAGCAAAACAUGCUGCAAAAUUCCAGCUUGCAUUGGUUUGAUCUUGUGUAGCUUGGCUACUAGGACAUGUGGA